AUGUCUGGCCUCUACGAAGAACUGGGAAUCUCAAAGGAUGCCUCUCCGGAACAAAUCCGGAAAGCUUACAAGAAAAGAGCGUUGCAAACUCAUCCAGACAGGCUACCUCCAAAUGCAACUCCCGCUGAUAAAACUUCCUCAGAGGAGAAGUUUAGGAGGGUCAACAAUGCAUAUGAGGUCCUCAGCGAUCCUAAGAAACGAGCCGAAUACGACAUCCAUGGUGUCUGGCCACCCCCCGAAGCGGAGGAAAUACACCCCACCCAUAGACAAGGCUCUAGGUCAUUCUCUGGAAGUCGUCGCCCUUCUAGGAACAACAGCUUUCCCGAUCCUUUUUUCCCUCAUCAUCAUUCUCCAUUCUCUGCAUUCGAGUUCACAGAUCCAUUCGAGUUGUUUAAUUCAAUCUUUGAAGGCGAUCCUUUCUUCGGUGGGCCCUCUCGCCAUCGACACCCUUCAUUCUCUCCAGCAAUGGAUCCGUUUGCCCAUAUGCACCGAAUGCAAGCGGAGAUCGAAUCCUUCAUGGACAAUAUCGAUCGGGAUCCUUUCAGCAUGUCAGGUUUCCCUAGGUUUGGUUUUAUGCCGCCUAUUCCCACUGCUCCGGCGAUUGAAUCCUCUGCAUUCAACAACAACCGCGGAAAAUGGGUAUCAGAAAGUUUUAUGACAUCUACUGUGAACGGUGUCACUCAAACGAUCCGUAAACGUGUUGACUCCAAUGGAAAUGAACAUAUUCUUCGGACCUUACCUGACGGGCGCGAGGUCCGCACUAUCAACGGGGUAGAACAGCACCCUGCAGGACAUAUUCCCCCUCUUCCCGCUCCUACAAACACUUCAAAGAGCAGGCGGAUUUCGGACCAACCGGCACCCCUGUAUCUUCCUCCAGAUACUGUGCACCCACAACCAAUGGUGAACCCCUCAGGAAUGGCUUAUGGGGCUUCUCCGCCUCCGCCUCCACCUCCCUACUCGCGCCAUUCCACACCAACGCCUAUAAUCAAUAACAACCUUGGACGGAAGCGGAGGAGUUCUGAGAAAUGUGCUGACCCGCGAUCACACGAAGAUAGACAACGCAAGAAAAGAUGGUGGCACUAG